AUGGAUGAAGACACAAAGUUGCCAAAUGUUUCAAACACUUCAAAAAUUGAGCAUGAGAAAGAAUCAGCGUAUUUAAAAAAGGACCUGAGUAGCUUUAUAUCCCGUAAGACGAUGGAUAUCGACACUCCCAUGGCCGAACCCAAGGAUGAUUUAUCCCAAAAGCAAUCCCUCUUUUGGCAACAAAACAAGACAGAAAUGCCAAAGGGGAACCAGUUCUUUCCAGAAGAGGAACUUCCUCAUGACAGCCUUGCCCAGAAAAGCUUCAGUUCUCUGACUGACUCAGUUCGUCUCCCUUCGCCCGAUACAAAACUACCCUUUUCUUUCAAGGAAGAGUCUGGCACCGAUUCUAAUCCUUUUUUUCUUCCACCUACGUUUCAGAAUGUUCCUAAUGCCAAACCUUUGCAUGAUCUAGACAAUCCGUACACAAACCCAUCAACUGGCUCUUCUAGUACCUUUGGGUAUGUAACUGCUCGUACUUCUUCUGGAGCUGUUUUCCACUUUCCCAAACGCUAUAAUCGCCAUGUACAGAUUUCAACUCAGCAACGCCCUGACUAUAAUGCUGAGCUAUCAAAAACACCUUUCUUCAAAGACACUUUACUUCGAAAUGUCCAAUCUUGGUCGAAAGAUUUUCAAUCACGGCCCAAAGUGAAACAAGAUUUGCUUUCUUCAGCUGGCCAUGCAAAUAACGCCUCAGGCUUUCCUGCUUUGAAAAGCUUGGUGCGCACCGAGGCAAUGUGGGUUGACAAGUUUCGCCCUCAAUUGUUUCGAGAAUUAAUCGGUGACGAAAGAGUACACCGAGAUGCCAUGCGUUGGAUAAAGGCUUGGGAUCCGUUUGUAUUUGGGCAUACUGCUCCUCAUGCGUCAGCAUCGCCACGUCAACUUGCUAUUUCAAAGGCUGUAGCUAAAGAUACAGGGCGUCCUGAUAAACGGAUUAUGAUUUUAACAGGUUAUGCUGGUUCAGGAAAGACAACUUUGGCUCAUGUAAUAGCCCGUCAAGCUGGUUAUAAGGUCCUUGAAAUAAAUGCUAGCGAUGAUCGUACAGCAAACACCGUUCAUGAAAAAAUUGACGCGGCUGUCUCGUACCACUCUGCCUUGUCAUCCCAGCCUACUUGUAUCGUGGCGGAUGAAGUAGACGGCGGAGAUCCAGCCUUCAUUCGUGCUCUUGUUACACUUCUGGAAAGCGAUGAGAAAGCCAGUGUUGCACAAACUACUACCAAAUCAAAGAAAAAGUCAAAGCAGAAAACUCUUUGUCGUCCUAUUAUUUGCAUCUGCAAUGAUCUUUAUACUCCUGCAUUACGGCCUUUACGACCCUAUGCUCAAGUAGUCUACUUUAAUGCUCCCCCGCAAGCAACUUUGGUAGGACGUUUACGUUCCAUUUGUAGGUCUCAAAACCUAUCUAUAGACAGUCGCUCUUUAACUUUAUUGACAGAUAUCUACAAUUCAGAUAUCCGAAGUUGUUUAAACAGUUUGCAACUGUUGUCUUUAAACGCAUCAUCUGUUAAUCAGGAAAUGAUAAGACAUUUACAACCAAAAACGAACUCCUCAACAAAUUCUGGUCUCUUAUCAUCACUUCUACAUCGACCUGAUGCGCGUUCUCUACGAAGUAUAGAAGCAUCACAAAUUUCUUAUUCACACAUAGACACAUUACUAAACAUGAUUGAAAGUGGUAAUGAUGUAGAUGCUACAUUAAUGGACUGCUAUCAUGUCUACCUACAGUUGCCUUUUACAGAUAAUCUGUUUUCAAAACCAGCAAUAACAGCGGAUUGGCUUUAUUUUUUCGAUCGGCUUAAUACACUAACUUACAGAGGGCAUCACGAAUUGUGGAAAUAUAUGCCUUAUUCAGUAAUUCACUUUCAUUACUUGUAUGCUUCUGCAAAUAAAGUUCAUCUUACUCGUUAUCCUCGUUACGACUUGGAAAUGAUGAAGCUUCGUCGCGACCGGCUUGAGAUUUUGGAUACCUUCAUGUCUUCUUUCAAUGCCCAAGAUUUACAAUUCUAUAAAAAACAAAUCGUGCUCCUAGAUUUAAUUGAUCCUUUGUUGAGCGUUAUCAAUCCGUCGAUUAAGAAGUCUUCUAGAAGCUCUUAUGCCGAAGAUAAAGUAAAAAUUGAGCAUGCCGUGCGAAUCAUAGACCACUACAACCUACGGCUAAAUCAUAUUCCAAUCGGUGAUGGCCAAUACACCUAUCGACUUGAACCCCCUCUAGAAGAACUAGUAUGGAAUCCUCCCUCUAGUACGUAUUCAACUAGACAAUCGCUUUCUCAAGAACUUCUUCGGAAACGUCUUGAACAAGUCCAAAAGAGCUCUAUUUUAAAGCCUUCCUCUUCGGAAUCAUCAAAAAAGAAAAGAAAAGAAGUAGGACUUGAAAGAACUAUACGACGCGACUUUUUUGGUAGAGAAAUCAAAAUUCCUCAACAAAAUGAAAAUAGCCUAGAGCAUGAAACGUCCCCAAUAUCUUCAGAGAAAGCUAUUGCAGUUAAUUUGAAGUUUCAUGAUGGGUUUUCAAAUGCUAUUCGAAAGCCUAUCUCCCUUCAUGACAUCCUUCAUUUUGAAUAA